AUGAACAUGCGAAGGAAAGCAGAUCUGGCAGCGAUAAAGGCCGAAAGUGCACUGCCGGACUCCCUUGCCAUUGCCGAUAGCUGUGCGGCAGGAGAACAAGCUGCUGGGCCACACAAGCGCGACGGAGAAGAUGUUCUCGACCAAGAUACGACGGCCGAAGCGGGACUUGUUCAAGAAGAGGUGCACAGACUGCUGAAUGUGCCGACAGAUAGCCUUUAUUCCAACUGCAACAUGUGCAGAGGUCAGUAUCUGGAACACCAUCACUUUUAUCAUCAGCUGUGUCCCCGCUGUGCCGAACAUAACUGGCAAAAGCGCCAGCAAACCGCGGAUAUGCGUGGUAUGGUAUGUGUGGUCACAGGUGGACGUGUCCGCAUCGGCUUUCAAAUAGUCUUGAAGCUCCUACGUGCAGGAGCAUUUGUGCUUACUACCUCACGAUUUCCGUGCGAUUGCGCUUUGCGCUACUCCAAGGAGCCAGACUAUCACGAAUGGCGCGAGCGCUUGGAGGUCUGUGGGCCCUUGGAACUCUGCGAUCUGCGGCUCGUGGAACGAUUCUGCCAGCAGCUCCUGCGCCGCUUCCCGCGCAUCCAUGUCCUCAUCAACAAUGCAGCACAGACCUUGACUCGACGCGACGGGUGGAAUGCUCGAAUGGCCGACUUGGAGGGCAAAGCUGCUGCAAACUUGCACGGUUCGGCACUGGCAAUCCGACAACCGGCACAAUUGGAUGAGAUGGCCUUGCCGUGCUGCCACGGUCAACGAUCCGAAGUGGUUCCGCUUCCAGAAGCAAAUGCUAUGUGGAAGGAGGCCGCAGCCUUGGAGGAUUUCCCGAAAGGGCAGCUCGAUGAGUCCAGACAGCCGCUGGAUCUCUCGGCCCAGAACAGCUGGUCGAGACGACUGGAAGAAGUUGAAACUUUGGAGCUUCUACAGACUCUGGCUGCAAACACCGCAGCCCCAUUCAUACUUUGCAGCAAGCUUGCUGCAGCGCUGGCUCCAACAGAUGAGUCUGAACCUUUCGGACACAUCGUCAACGUGAGUGCGUUGGAGGGCAAAUUCUCGGUAAAGAACAAAAGCCCGGGGCAUCCACAUACGAACAUGGCGAAAGCUGCUCUGAACAUGAUGACACACACUGCUUGCAAGGACAUGUAUCGCCGCCGGAUAUUGAUGAAUUGUGUGGACACGGGCUGGGUGACGGACAUGGCGCCUGGCGGCAUCGGUGCCGUCGCGGCCAGUCAUGAGACCUGGGUCGGUCCACCACUGGAUGAGGAGGAAAGCCUGCUAGCCCAUGGCAACAUGAUGGGGCUGCUCGUGUGCUUGAUCCUGUCUUCAGCCAUCUUCUGGACCCGACGUGGCUGCUGCGUGGGAAGUUCUUCAAGCACCUUGGAGAAGAAGCUUUUAUUGGCAGAAAUAGUGACUUCGGCGAUGCGGGAUGAGUCCGACAAGGAAGGGGGUCCAGCUGAUGCGCCAUCGCUGACGCAUGAGAGGUCAACCGAUGCUUCUGAAAGGCUGCUCCAUUUUGAUGGAGUGCGGACGGUGUUCGCUUUGUGGAUCGUGUUCCAUCACAUGGCACCGAGACAGGCUUCGUUGUUGGACAAGAUGCUAGUACGAGUGGAUGUUUGUGUGGAGUUUUUUGUGCUGCUUUCGGGUUUCAUGACGCACUACGCCUAUCACAGCAAGGACAUAGAAUCAUCUUUUGGGUCGCUGGCGGCAUUCUUUGUUCGCCGCUGCUUCCGCUGCCUGCUGGCCAGCUACCUGGGGAUGGUGCUCUGCACUGUGACCUUGUGGCUGGGUGGCUUUGAGGUUUGGUCCUUCAACACUUUGAGCUGUUUCCUCCUCAUCAAGACAUGGAUCGACCCGGAGCCCAACUGCCCGAACAUGCCGUCAUGGUUUCUGGUAUCUAUGCUCCCUUCGUGGCUGCUGUAUCCGGUGUUCAGACCAAUGUUGGGGUGGAACCGGUCCACGGGCGGACAUGUUUGCUUGGCCGUCGCCGCUUGGUGCUUCGCCAUCGUACCGCAGCUGUGCCUGAUGCUUUCUCGCGGGGCUUGGCUGGAAUGGACGGAAUUUACCUUCACCUGGUUUUGGCCACCAGCUCUCUUGCCAGAUUUCAUGUUAGGCGCAAGCGUGGCAGCACUGGUACUUAGAAAGCCUCCUUGUGCAGCUGUCGGAUGGAUUGGGGAUUUGUCAAUGUUGAGCCUGCUCCUGACGUGCACGCUGGUUCCGGUCCCAGAAAGACCACCCGACUGGGGUGGUCCGGCGCAGUGGAGGCCUGGGCAUUACAUCGCUUGGGAACAGCUGUCUGCUCGACUCUCCGCGCCGUUCUUGUGCACAUUCAUCUAUUUUACGUCCAAUGGAAACUCGUUGUUGGCUCGCAUCCUUUCGCAGAAGAUCCUGGUCAGGCUGGGCCGGUACACUUUGGAGGUCUACUUGCUGCAGACUGCUGUGCAUGACCUCUUUCUGUGGAUUCGGGCACCUGGUGCAGGAGGUCUUUGGCCUGGUCUGCCGUGGACACCGCAGGUCUUCCUGCUUUACCUGUGUGUCCUCUGGCUACUAUGCGCUGCUUUUGCUGAGACAGUUGCAGAGCCGCUCACCAGCAAAGUGAAGACUUCCAGCGCUCACUGGGUCGGGAGAACUUUGUCGCAAUGUUGUGAGCAUCGCAGACAACAGUAUCAGCAAGUAGAUCCCGGCUGUGGUUGA